CAAGGCUCCCCCACCUUCCUCCCCACAUCAGUCUGUCCGGCUUCCAGCUGCUGCAGCCGCGCCUUCGCAUCCUCAGCAUUCAGCAGCCCCUGCGCCGGCUCAGCAUGGCCACCCCAACCCAGACCCCCACAAACGUUCCUGAAGAAAAGGACCCAUUUUAUUAUGACUAUGCCACCGUGCAGACCGUGGGAAUGACCCUGGCCACCAUCAUGUUCGUGGUGGGGAUCAUCAUCAUCCUUAGCAAGAAGGUGAAAUGCCGGAAGGCGGACUCCAGGUCUGAGAGCCCAACAUGCAAAUCCUGUAAGUCUGAGCUUCCCUCCUCAGCCCCUGGCGGUGGCGGCGUGUAGGACCCUGGGCAGCGACUCUCCACUGCUAUCCCUGGAGGAGCUCAGGAGCCUGAGGCCCGGGUGAAGGCGGUGGGGACCCAGCCUGGCGCCAGGGAGCGCUCCUUCAAUGAGCCGCCCCGCUCACCCCAAGGCCGGAGCCGUUGCACCCCAAGGCCGGAGCCGUUGCACCCCGCUUUCCCUCCCCAGGCCUUGGCAACGACGCUCCCCUAAAGAGUCCAUCCGCAUCCUAUUCCCAGAGACUCAGACCUCCAGCUCCUGGGAUCCGGGAGUAUAUCCCCAGCCCAGCCCCCUGGGAUCCCUGAGUCCCACCCACCUGCAUCUCCUGGUCGCCUCCUCCAGGACCCUCCCUGAUGUCCCCUCUGGGUCCACGUCCUGAGCUUAAUAAAUAUGCAUUUGGUUUUUCUCCCC